CCAACGCCCGCAGCUUCCGGAGCCGCGGGCGAGCUGUGCGCAUGCGUGGGAGGAGACUUAGGCGUCGCGGCGUCGCCUAGGUAACCGCGACCUGUGGCUGCGGGCCAUGGCUUCCAGGCGUGGAGGGAGCUGGGGUCGCCCCCCACCACAGGGUGCAGCCUCGACGCCCUGGGUGACCGUCUUGCAGCCCCUCCCGUGGGCCGUCCCACCGCCGCCCCCGCAGCCGGGCCGCGUGAAGGAAGACCUACUGGAGCUGAUGAUGCUGCAGAACGCGCAGAUGCACCAGCUGCUGCUGAGUCACCUGGUGGCAGCGGCGCUCAACCCCAGGCCCGUCUCGCCCCACCCGCAGGUCUACCUGGAGGGCCAACAGGAGGAGUAUGAGGAGGAGGAGGAGAUGGAAGCCCAGGAGGAAGGGCCUGUGGUGUUCCACCACCACUACCUGCCCUGCCCGAGGCCCACUCUGGGCGCCCCCCUACCGUGGCCAGGCCCUUUCCUUUCUCCUCCCCCACAUCAGCCCCACUUGCAGGACACGGCCAGGAUUCAGCACCGCACUCCUGCCUCCAGGAAAAGGGGGGCGAGAGCUGUGCCCCCACCCCCACCCGCCAGUGCCACAGGGACUCUGGGUGUAGAUGUACCCCCAGCUUCAGACCACUAUGAUGCCGAGAGCCUGCCAUGAGGACAGACGCUGGCCCUGGGACCCGCACCAGCUUCACCACAAGGCUGAAAACGGCCCUGGAGCCCCCAAGUGCCCCUCCAGUGCCUGCCGGCUCUGCGCCCACACCUGGCCACCAUUCUCUCCCUCAAACCCAACCAGGCCUCUCCUCCCGGG